AUGCCAUUGAAGGUGUCAUUACACGCACCAACGGAACUUAUGGAUGGUUGGCUGAUCUCUGCAGCGGUACAGAAAGCAGCCACAACAAGAAAGCAUGACAUCGUGCUAUGGCACUCCUUCGCUAAAAGGGCACUGGAGUUAGCACCGUAUUUGACAUCGCAACAACUCGGUUAUCUAUACUACGGGUUUGGGAAGAGUCUUUUCCUCAACGAAGACUUCUACAGGACAUUGGUUCAGUAUACGGAGCCCUUACUGCCUGAGUUGGGUAGCAGUAGUCUCAUGUGCGUGGUCUGGACAUUGAACAGGUUGCAACUCAGGCACUCGCAAUUUUUGACGAAAUUGGCAUCCGUGGUUGCCGAGAAAAUAGACGAUUUACGCGUAACGGAUCUCGUCAAGAUAUGCAACGGACUAGCCCGUUUGGAUGUGUGUCCACCUAUGCUAAAACAAUGCAUAUCGGAGAGAAUGACCGACCGCCUUGAGGCUUUAUACGCACAAGAUUUUAGAAAUGCUGUAAAUGCACUAGCUAUGUUUCAUCUCUAUGAUGAGAGAACACAAAUUUAUAUAAUGGAGCGUUUCUCAAAAAUCUUCAUAUGUGCGCGCCCUCAGCAUUUGAGGCAGGCAUUGUCAUGCGCAGUGGUUAUGCGCGUGGUAACGCAACACGUAUGGUUGAAGCUGCAUAAAUCGACCCGUAAUUUUUACACAAGACUCAGUACACGAAAAAUACACCAUCCAGAGCACAAACCUUCGGAUUUCCAUUGGGACGUGUCAAAUAUAUUGGCAAAGCUGGGUGUUUCCCAUCGCAAUUCCUUUUAUUGGGGUUGCUACUGGAUUGAUAUAGGUGAGGUGGAAGAGCGUAAAAAUUGCUGGUUCGUGGACGGGCCUUGCUGUUUCUACACGGGCACAACACAAUACACUAACAAGGUUAAGCUUCAACAUAGGAUACUGGAGAGUUUGGGCUGGGAGAUACGUCGAGUGCCGUGGUUCAAAUGGGUGGAUGUUUUAAACAGCACAAACGACAAAAUGUUAUACAUCAAGCAUCUAAGCCAAUGCAAGGCCACAGGAGAUACCACCCUAAAAACGGAACCACUGGAUAGCACAGAAAUCAGACAGAAAUUGCGUAUAAUCAAAAACCACUAUGCCGCAGCAGCGACUACUACCUAG